AUGUCGCCAACUGUAUCGCCUGAUCCCUGCAUUACUGAGCACUAUCAGCAGUCUGGAGGCGACGGCGACGGCGGCGACGGCGACGGCGGCAACUUAUCGAAGUCCUCCUCAAUGGUCUCCUUCUGUCACAGCCUCUACGAGGACGAGGAUCCCCAGAUGAGCAUGGCGGCGAAGCAAUGCAAGCGCUGUCAGUUUCUUGAAGCACGCGCAGCUCUCACUGAGCGUACGUGUACUCCUCAUUUUAGUCCCGCCUCCAUUGGCAUCUUUCAUGUCACAGCACCGCCUACCUCCGAUACUGUCCUCCAAUUCUGCAUUUAGGGAUGAAUCAGCUGUCGGCAAGGCGGCCACCCAGGGUGCCGAGUCCCUACCCCGUCCACAACUGGGACGAGGACUCACUUGCCAGCAGUGAGUUGACCGUCGUCUCCAGCCUGUCAAGAUCGCAGUCCUCGUCUCCAUCGGGAACACAGGCAGAUGUCCAGAAGGCGCAGGUAAACGCGUGCGACUUGCAAUCAGCCCUCAACUGUAAGUCGACAAUCCUCUGGGUUGAUUCGAGUUCCAAUUUUUUCGUCUUUUCACAUGCAGCGUUUGCAUACUCUUUUAGUUGUUCCUCCCUGGCAGAUUGGCAACCGUGGGCGGAAUACUGUGAGUUAAGGCCCAGUUCUGACUCUGCUUUGUGCAUUGUUACACCGGAAAGAUUACUGUUGUGAUUCAUUUUCUUCUUCAUUUUAGGAGUUGUGGCAUUGGAAAAGACGGAUAUGCAACACACUUCGCCGACUGUCUUGUGGCAUUUGCAGAGUUCCCCAUAGAUCUAGGUGUAAUAGGUAGUUCUUUUUGUAUAUAUAUACCUGUAAGACCUCAUUUCAGAUUAUUUAUCUCUUUCUCCUGUAGUUCGAUAUUCUGUGUGAGGAGGGGAUUGCGGUUAUGGGGGGGGAGGAGGGUGAAAUUUGAUGGAUUCUCAAGGGGACUGUUGCAAGAUUCUGGAAUGCUAUUAGUAGUCUGUCUGAUUAGGAAUGUUAAGGCGAUAUAGGUUAGUGUUAUUGGGUUCUCCGGUUUCGCGUAGUAGGCUCGACGCCUUGGUCUGCUUACUGGAGACGUUUAUUUAUGUGCCUAUUACCGUAUUAUUAGGAAGCAUAGUAAAAUGCAAUAUCGAGAUCUAAGCAAAACUCAUCGGAUUCCCUAACUUCGACCGAUCACAAUCUCCUAACGCAUAUAUUUGUGCGCAAGGUCAGUCUUUAGAUCACAUGAUGAAAGAACACAUGCAAAUGACUAUGCCUCAUAUCCUCACCGACAGAUUUCAGAGGCAAGAUACUUAAUAUGCCCUGUGUUUAGAAGCCUUGACAGUUCUUCAGCGUUGAAGACUAUAAAGAGGGUUAAGUUAAACAUCAGUUGGGAAGAAAGUCAGUAAAAGAUGCGCAACAGGUGUCAUACAUUGAGGAAUUCGUUGAUUUGCCACGAGGACCUAUUUCUUGGUAUCUGCAUUUCUCAUGCGUCAGGUGCAUCUCCGGGUCAGACCGACUGCCAGUGAAAUUGGACGCAUUUGUUGACUUGACAUGAAUUCACCUUCCACGCAUGCCACAUGCCGCCUAGUGCCUACGUCAAAGUGCGCUACAGUUCAUUUCUGAGGCAUAUCUGGCCUCGCACAAGUGUGAGUGACAUAAGUGCCACAUAACACGUGAUUAAAACAUGACUGUCCAAACCUCCGACUUUUAGUUUUGCUAGCCUAUCAGCCAGUUCAGGAAUUGCGCACCGCCUCGAAGCUACAAUGUGCAACAGGGCCAUAAUAUUCAAAGACCAGUUACAUCCCAAUGAGCAGUCUGUGGUCGUAUAUUGUAUCCCGUGCAUAAACUGUCCUUGUAACUUUGCAGGCCAGACUGAACGCGUGCUUGGAUCACACAUAAACCAAUAUAAGCUGGCUGUGGGAUGGGAUAACGAAUUAUCGAAAGCGGUUGGCCGCACCUACGAAAGUGGUCAUGAGUUUAAAUUCGUAAUCGUCAAGAUAAUUGCCCACGUCGGCAGCAAGACAAGUCGAGAAGUAAUUGAAACCUGGGCUUCGGGUGGGAACUCCGUUUAUCAGUGUAUCGAGUUGGCUCCCGCAUACAGAGCCCUGCGCAGUCAACUCCAGACCUGCGUCAUUGAUCGUUGA